AUGGCUGAACCAGAGAUCCACAACGGGCGAUCACCCCUACCCGUCGAUGACGCAAGGCCCGCAAAUUCUGCGACGAACACUCACCAGCAGAAAAAAAGUCUGAUAGAUAGAGUGAAAGGAUAUCUCGGUUUUGAGGAUAUUAGUGGGGAGAUACGAAAUAAGGCAGACAUCGAGAUUCACAAUUGGGAUGGGCCUGAUGAUCCUGAGAAUCCGUUCAAUUGGAGUACCAAGUACAAAUGGCUUCUUACGUUGACGGUCUGCUUUAUUUCCAUCUUAACCGGUCUCCCAGCUGGAACUUAUGGAUCCGGGAAUAACUGGAUGGAACAAGAAUGGCAUGUCCAGAAUUCCCCUUUUCCCAACCUCUAUUGGGCUACUACAUCCUGGAACAUGGGUGCGGCCUUUUGGCCGUUGAUCUUUGUGCCUCUUACCGAAUCCUCCGGUCGCAUGCCUGGGUACUUUGUCGCGUAUAUUAUCCUCGUCGCUACGCUAUUCGGAUCGGCUUUCGCCCAGAAUUUUGCUACGAUUAUAGUAACUCGCUUCUUUGGCGGUGGUGCGUCAUCUGUCUCGAUCAAUAUCGUCGGAGGCAGUAUCAGUGAUGUGUGGAAGGGAGACAAAGCGCGCAGUCUGCCCAUGUCUCUUUUUGGCUUUACGAGUGUGGUCGGGAUUGCUCUAGGCCCAUUUAUUGGCUCGGCCAUAGUGCAGAUUCAUAAGAAUGAUCCGUGGAGAUGGAUCUUCUACAUCCAGAUCAUCUACAACGCUGCUCUCAUCCCUGUCUUCUGGCUAAUCCUCCGUGAGACUCGUCCAGACGUGAUCCUCAAGAAACGAGCCCGUAAGAUCCGCAAGGAGACCGGACGUCCUGUCUACGCAGCUUCCGAGUUGAACGCCCCGAGUACCUUGCGUCUACUCAAAAUCUCCUUCGCCCGUCCUGUCCACAUGUUAGUCUCCGAGCCGGUCGUUCAAUUUUUCACUCUGUGGAUCAGUUUCGCCUGGGGUAUCUUGUAUCUGUUCUUUUCCAGCGUGGUCCAAACAUACAGCACCAACUACGGUUGGGGUGUAAUGGCCACUGGCUUGGUUCAGUUAGCCAUCUCCGUCGGGGCCGUCAUCGCCACCGUCAUCAAUCCCUUUCAGGACUGGCUCUACCUGCGAUCUGCGAAGCGAAAUACGGAGAGACCUGGCCGUCCCAUUCCCGAGGCGAGACUGUACACUUCCAUCCCCGGUAGUUUACUGUUCACCGCCGGGCUGUUCUGGUAUGGCUGGGCUAGUCAGCCCGACGUCCACUGGAUUGUUCCCACGAUUGGAAUCACAGCGGCUGGCAUCGGGAUCUACGAGAUUUAUAUGGGGGUUGUUAAUUUUCUAACUGACGCAUACGAGAAAUACGCUGCUUCUGCUUUGUCAGCUGCGUCGUUGGGUCGAAACUCAUUCGGAGCGUUCCUCCCGCUUGCCUCGCCGCAGCUGUUUAGUAACCUCGGUUUUGGAUGGGCUGGUUCUUUGCUAGGGUUUAUUGGAGCUGCUCUAUCCAUUGUGCCUGUCGUUCUGGUGCUCAAGGGGCCGCAGAUUCGUCGGAGGAGUCCAUUCAUGCGUGAGUCGACAUGGGAUCCGGAGGAGACGAGUGAGAGGGACGAGACGGGGGCUGAGAAGGGUGCCGAUGUUUGA